AUGUUGUUUAUUCACUUUGCAAAUGUGUAUCUGUCGGACCUGACGGAGGAGGACCCCUGCUCUCUGUACCUCAUAAACUUCCUGCUGGACGCCUCGUUGGGGAUGUUGCUGAUCUACGGCGGGGUGCGAGCCGUCAGUGCCGUGGUGGAGUGGAGGCAGUGGGAGUCGCUGCGCUUUGGAGAAUAUGGGGAGCCGGUCCAGUGUGCAGCGUGGCUGGGGCAGUGUAUCUUCUACAUCCUCAUCAUGAUGUUUGAGAAAGUGAUGAUUAUGUUGGUUCUGCUCAUUCCUCAGUGGAAACAGUUGGCGGUUCUGAACCCGAUCCAGAACCCGGACCUGGAGCUGGCCCUGGUCAUGCUCAUCGUGCCCUUCUUUGUCAAUGCUUUGAUGUUUUGGGUGGUGGAUAACUUUCUGAUGAAGAAGAGCAGAACAAAAGCAAAGUUGGAGGAAAGGGACGAAGAGUGUCGUGGAAAUGGAAAAGUGCGUUACAGACGAGCGCUGUCGCACGACGACUCGGAGUCAGAGAUCCUCUUCUCAGCCGACGAUGAGAUGGAUGAAUCAGAAGAGGAUGAUGUCCGCCGCCUCACUGGCCUAAAGACCGUUAAAAAAAAGAAACAUCGUUUGGGAAUCCCAGUUUAA